AUGCUGCAGUGUUUAGAUUCGAACGACUUCAGCCACAUGGAAGGGGCGCUGGAUGCUCUGUUUAAGAUGAGUGAGGACAUGCCUCUGCAGCUGGACCGUGACAUCCCCGGGCUGGCAGAGCGCCCCAUCACCGUCUUCCUGCCGCGCCUGCUGCAGCAAUUCGCCUCUCCACAUGCCAGCUUGAGAAAGAUGGCGUUGGGGAGCGUGAACCAGUUCAUUCUGCACAUGCCCAGAGUUCUGCUAGUGAACAUGGACAGUUACCUACAGGGCCUCUUUACGCUUGGAUCCGACCCCAUCCCAGAAGUCCGAAGGCUGGUGUGCUCAGCGGUGGUCCAGCUCAUCGAGUUGCAACCCUCCUUCCUCCUCCCGCACAUGCGCAAUGUGAUAGAGUACAUGCUCGCCUCCACGCGGGACUCAGACCCCGAUGUGGCUCUGGAGGCGUGUGAGUUCUGGUCCGCCUACUGCGAGAACAACCAGUCGCCCGAGAUGCUACGGGAGUUCCUGCCCCAGCUUGUGACGGUUCUCCUGACAAACAUGGUGUAUGCAGAUGAUGACGAGGCAGUCAUCGAUGCUGAGGAUGAAGGAGACGCACCCGAUUCUGAUCAGGAUCUCAAGCCGCGGUUUCAUCAGUCCAGGCUGCACGGUGCCAAUGGCGAGGAUGCGGAGGAGGACUACGAUGAGAGUGCGAGCACGUGGAAUCUGCGCAAGUGCAGUGCAGCAGGGCUGGACAUCCUCUCUCACGUCUUUGGAGACGCGCUGCUGCCCAUCCUCAUGCCGCUCAUCCAGACGAAUCUUGCAGACCGAAGCGAGGGCAAGUGGAAGGAGCGGGAGGCGUCAGUGCUGGCCGUGGGCGCUGUAGCAGAAGGCUGCAUUGACGGGCUGCUGCCUGCGCUGCCGCAGAUGAUUGCCCACCUGCUGCCUCUCCUGGAAGACCCGCACCCGCUCGUGAGGAGCAUCACGUGUUGGACCCUGUCGCGCUACUCCAAGUGGAUCGCCCGCGCCGUGGAUAAGCCCGAGGGGCAGCAGCAGUUUGACGCCGUGCUGACUGGGUUCCUCGCGCGCAUUCUGGAUAACAACAAGCGGGUUCAGGAGGCUGCCUGCUCUGCCUUUGCCACACUGGAAGAGGAGGCAGUGGACGAGUUGCCGGAACGCCUGGAGCCCAUUCUGCAGCACCUCGCCUUCGCGUUCAGCAAGUACCAGCGGCGCAACCUGCGCAUUCUGUAUGACGCAGUGGGCACUUUGGCUGACUGUGUGGGGGGUACGCUGCAAGAUCCGCGUUACAUCACCGUCUUAAUGCUGCCUCUCACAGCCAAGUGGCAGCAGAUCUCCGACUUUGAUCGCGACAUCUUCCCGCUGCUCGAGUGCUUCACCUCCGUCGCUCAGGCUCUGGGCCCCGCCUUUGCUCCGUAUGCUGAGACCGUGCUGGCUCGCUGCUGCCACAUUAUUAGAGUUCAGCUUGUUGCUCAGAAGGACCCAGCUGCAGCGGGUGCACCGUACGACAAGGAGUUUAUAGUGUGUGCCCUGGAUCUCAGCUCAGGAGUCAUCGAGGCCCUUGGACCGUCGGUUGAGCCCCUGGUCGCCAAGAGCGGCUUGACGGACCUGCUGCUGCAGUGCAGUGCCGUGGACGCCAAUGAUGUGAAGCAGAGCUCUCUGGCUCUAUUGGGUGAUCUCACUAAGUCGUGUGUGCAGCAGGUCCGGCCGCGCCUCAACGACUUCCUCUCCGUGUGUGUGGCCCAGCUGAACGGCCCCGAGUCCUUUGUGCACGAGAGGAUUUCAGUGGCCAACAACGCGUGCUGGGCCCUGGGGGAACUCGCAGUCAAGGUGCGAGAGGAAAUAGCACCAGCAGUGGUGCCGGUGCUGAACAACAUUGUGCCGGUCCUCACAUCGGCACAGAACCCCUGGGGCACCAAUCUAGCCCUGGUGGAGAACUGUGCCAUCACGCUCGGCCGCUUUGCAUGGGUGUGCCCUGACGUGCUUGCGCCCCAGGCGUCUCUCUUCUUGGUUCCAUUCCUCACCACGCUCAAGGGAAUUCGCGACGAUGUGGAGAAGGAGGAAGCAUUCAAAGGGCUGUGCGCUGUGCUGCGUCUCAACCCCAUGGCAGCCUCCACCGCCAUCCAUCCGCUGCUGCUCGCCAUCGGCAGCUGGAGGGAGAUCCACAGUGCAGAACUGAAGGCUGAGAUUCACCAGCUGCUGCAGGGCUUUAAGCAGAUGCUAGUGGAGGCAGGCACGUGGGAUCAAAUCCUGCAGUCCACCGACAAACCACUGCUGCAGAAGCUCAGUGCGACGUACGGGAUCUAG